CACACACACACACACACACUCUCUCUCUUUCCCACACACACACACACUCAGCUCUUUUCUUCACUUGCUGAGCUGAAACCCUCGACUGGAGUUUGAAAACACCGCAGACGGACGUCUUCUUUAUGCCGGUUCUCUGCCGGUUCUCUGCUUGUUCUCCUCAUCCUGCAUCUAAAACCGUGGAGGUACUUUUGGUUCUGCUGGAUCUGGAAGAGGACCUAAGUGAGAACUGGACAGUCGGCGCAUUGGAUAUACCCAGCGCUACGCCGUGAAACUCCUACAAGCCUAGAUGUUCCACAGUGUGCUGAUGGAAUUGUGUCGCUGGCCCGGCCCGUAGACCCAGAGCCCGGAGACAGCGUCGCUCAGCGGGACAGGAGUGUGUAUAGCGCGAGUGUGUGUGUGUGUGUGUGUGUGUGUGUGUGUGUGUGUACAGCGCUGAUGGAUCUGCGGGUGGGGGAGCGUGUGAUGCAUCCAGCAGGAUCAGACACGGCUCUGCUCUCUCCACUGCAGCGCCCCCUACUGCUCAACCCCUUUACCCCCCAGCACUGCGCCCAGUACAGCCAGCACUUACGGUUUAAUAUGGAGCAGCAUCUCCAGGACCAGGAGGACAAGAAGCAGCAGCUGCAGCUCAUUAUGCACAAAGACAAGAGCCAGCAGAGUGCAGUGGCCAGUUCGGUGGUGAAGCAGAAGUUGGCAGAGGUGAUCCUGAAGAAGAGGAAGGAGAAAAGCAGCACAAACCCCCUCAGCAGCACACCUGUAGCGUACAGAGAGUUGGCUCCGGAUCCCAGCGUCUCGCUGCAGCCCCACCUCUCCUCCCCCCCGCAGCCCCAUCCCGACGGACCCGACGACCCCCCCCUCAGGAGAGCAACCUCAGAACCCAACCUGAAGGUGAAGCAUAAGCUAAAGAAGCACCUGAACACCAGGAAGAGCCCCCUGACCCGCAAAGAGAGCGCCCCCCCCACCAUCAAACACCGAGCACCUGAUACACUGGACUCCUCCCCCAGUAGCAGUAGUACUCCAGUAUCCGGGUGCAGUUCCCCUAACGACAGUCUGCCCAAUGAGAACGGAGUGCUGCCCCCUGCUGGAGCUCUGAGUCAUGAGGCUCAGAGGAUUUUAUUGCCGGACGGAUCUCUGGCUCAUUUCUCGGUUCCGGUUCACUCCUCCCUCCCCACCAUCACACUGGGGCUCCCGGCUCACGCCAAGGUGGAGGGGGAAGUGGGCGGGCUGAAGCUGGGUCGGGUGCCGCUGGUGUCGGGCGGGUCUCCGGUUCUGGUGCCACUGGGUGUGGAGGAGCAGAGCGCCCCCCUGCUGCAGCCGCUGUUCAUCCUGGAGCCGUCCGGUCUGGUUCACGCGCCGCUGCUGGCAGUUCCAGGUUUGAGUCCGCUGCAGUUCAGCGCCGCCCCCGGACCCCAUAAACCCCUGAGCCGGACCCGGUCAGAACCCCUGCCCCCGAGCCCCCGGACCCUCCACACACACCUACUGCACCAACAGCACCACGGCAACCAGAUCCUGCACAGACUCAAACAACACACACACCUGGGCAAGCUCAUGACGAAGUCCAGUGAGAAGCCCCGCCUCCGACAAAUUCCCUCCGAGGAUAUGGACUCAGAGGAGGGGGGGUCAUCGGGGGCAGAGUCAAUGAGGGAGGCAGAGAGUCAGGAUGAUCAACUCAACCUACAACAGACACUCAUACUCAACCAGUCUCGGCUGUGGGAGACGCAGAAGCAGCUGCAGCAGUUGCGCAGACAGACAGCCCACAUGGAGACGCUGGCGGUUCCCAUGAUGCUCAGCGGCGUCCACCGGCCGCUGUCCCGCACCCAGUCGUCCCCCGCCUCCACCUCCCUCACCCUGCCCGAAAAAACCCUGCCCAUCACUAGCUCCGCCCCCGAAACACACAGCCAACCACGCUUCACCACAGGUCUGGUGUACGACUCUCAGAUGUUGAAGCAUCAGUGUACCUGUGGAGAUAACAGCACUCACCCAGAGCAUGCUGGGAGAAUCCAGAGCAUCUGGUCCCGCCUUCAGGAGAGAGGCCUGAGGGUCCAGUGUGAGAGUAUACGGGGGAGGAAGGCGACUCUGGAGGAGCUGCAGUCGGUUCACACUGAGCGUCAUGUUCUGCUGUACGGCACUAACCCGCUCAACCGCCUCAAACUCGACAACCGCAACCUCGCCGGAAUUCUGUCCCAGAGGAUGUUCGUCAUGCUGCCGUGUGGAGGAGUGGGGGUCGACAACGACACCAUCUGGAACGAGAUGCACACCUCUACAGCGUCGCGGAUGGCGGCGGGCAGCGUGACCGAGCUGGCCUUCAGAGUGGCUAAAGGAGAACUGAAGAACGGUUUUGCUGUGGUGAGACCACCAGGACAUCACGCAGACCCCUCUAACCCAAUGGGGUUCUGUUUCUUUAACUCGGUGGCGAUCGCUGCUAAGCAGCUCCAGCAGAAGCUGAGCGUCACUAAGAUCCUGAUUGUCGACUGGGACGUCCAUCACGGGAACGGCACCCAGGAGAUCUUUUACAACGACCCCAGUGUGCUGUACAUCUCCCUCCACCGUUAUGAUAACGGCAACUUCUUCCCCGGGAGUGGGGGACCAACCGAGGUGGGUUCUGGUGCUGGUGAGGGGUUUAAUGUGAACGUGGCGUGGACUGGAGGUCUGGAGCCCCCCAUGGGUGAUGCUGAGUACCUGGCUGCCUUCAGGACGGUGGUGAUGCCGAUCGCUCGGGAGUUUUCUCCAGAUGUGGUUCUGGUCUCAUCUGGAUUUGAUGCAGCCGAGGGACAUCCAGCACCGUUAGGAGGAUACAAAGUCACGGCCAAAUGUUUUGGGUUCCUGACCCGGCAGCUGAUGGUGUUGGCUGGGGGACGUGUGGUUUUGGCGCUGGAAGGAGGUCACGACCUCACCGCAAUCUGUGAUGCAUCAGAGGCCUGCGUCAGCGCUCUCCUGGGAGUGGAGGAUCCGUUUCCAGAAGAGGUUCUCCUGCAGAAACCCAACGAUAAUGCGGUUCUGUCACUACAGAGAGUUCUGCAGAUACAGAGUCAGUACUGGUCCAGUGUGAAGGCGAUGGUGGGCUCGGUGGGCUCGGCGUUUCUCGGCGCUCCGGCGGGAGACUGUGAGGAGACGGCAGUGAAGGCUUUAGCCUCUCUAUCUGUAGGAGUUCUGACCAAUAAGAGCCUCCCUGAUGAGCCAAUGGAGCAUGACCAGUAGGCCGUGAACAGGCCACACCCACAUUCCCUCCAAACAGUUGAUAUCUCCAAUCACAAUGGAGCUCCAUGUCACAUGACUGCGAGAGAGUCAACCUCCAUCUCUCGCUGCCUUACGACCAGCAGUGCCUUCGACGGGAGGGGCUGCAGUGACAUCACUUCCUGUUUUACUCCUAUGCUACUUCCUCCUCGGUAUUAUUGACACCACGCCAGUAGAGCGGCGUGGUUAAGCUAACCGGAAAACUUCGGAAGAUCCCGAAAUCGUACACUGACACGUCAGCAGGUGAAGGAUAAAGACACUGAGCUGCUGCCUAGACGCCGUUCACCUCGUUUUUACAUUAUUUGAUGUUUUUUCUUGUUUUUACUGCAAAUCGGACCAGAACUGAACCAAAACCGUGGCAUUCCCGGGCUGUUACUCCGUUUUUUAUAUUCUCGCGUGCCUUACGGAAUGAACGUCUACUUUUAACGGAAACGAGGAGCUGAGGAACCGAGGAACUCAUUCAUGGAGAAAACAUGGCUCAGUUUUGCUCUCCGAACUCGUUUAACUCGUUUAACUCAUCCUGGUCAGACUGUUUUACUCAGCGAGGGGAUUUUUGUACCACCUGGCAACCACUCUUCACCUCGCUCUUUUUCUCGUACUCUGUUUUUUUUCCUGUCUCUACGAGGAUGAUGAUGUCACUUCGUCAGUCCACGAAGUUAACCACUAAAGAAGAAAAAGAAGGAUGACCUGGACUAACGUUUUUGUUUUGCACUGUGCAUUCCAUAAUGUGAACCAUGACACAUGUUUUUAAUGAUUCCAGACCUCGGGGAAAAAAACGGUUAUUUACGUUUUUUUAAUGAAGCAAAGCGAAAAAGCAAAGCGAGAAACUUUCUUUUGCAAGUUUAGCAACAGCCUGUGCACAUUUACGAGUUGCAGGAAGAGUGUGUGUUUGUGUGUUAAGGCCAGUUUACUUUUUUGCGUAGAAUCUACGCCACGUAGCCUGAUGCGUAACUAUCCAGAAUUGUUACGAUGCAUCACAGCGACUCAGACCUCAACUACUGAGCAUCGUAAUCCCAACGGAACAAUGCAGUAUAAAAUUCACUAGCACAGACUACAUUUAGACUGCGUAGACUUGGUGUAGAUUUAACAGACUUUGCUUACAUUUAAUGUAGACUAACAUAGACUCUACGUAGACUCUGCGUAGACUUGGCGUAGACUCUGCGUAGACUCUGCGUAGACUUGACGUAGACUUGGCGUAGACUCUGCAUAGACUUGACGUAGACUCUAUGUAGACUUGACGUAGAGUCUGUGUAGACUUGACGUAGACUUUGCGUAGACUUAUCAUAAAUUUUGCAUAGACUCUGCGAAGACUUUGCGUAGACUCUAUGUAGACUUUGUGUAGACUUGGCGUAGACUUGGCGUAGACUUUACGUAGACUUUGUGUAGACUUUACGUAGAGGAGUAAGCCUUUAAGCCUUAUUGUUGCUGAUAUACAGCUUUACUGUACACACACCCACACUCAGCCUGUACUCAGCUUUAGUUCAUGAACAUCAUGCAGUAACCCUGAGUUACUCUAGUCUUACUCUACUCUGUUUUACUUAACUUCACUCUAAUCUAAUCUGGGACCACUGUAGAGUUAUCACUGACCGGGGGGCUUUACAUCUCCUCACAAUACCUAAUAUAGAAAAUAAACAGAGGCUGAGCAGAUUAACCCUUAUAUUCUGUAAAAAAAAAUAAGAAAAAGUUUUGAGUAAUUUCACAAUUAAUCAAAUUUCUAUUCAAUUAAAAUCUUGUUUUUAUCUCCAAACUACAGCAAGUACAAAAUAUGAAUGUACAUCAAUCCAAAGUCCUGUAAUUCUAAAGCUGAAAUAAAAGUAAAAUUCAUAUUAAAUUGAAAUAGAUUAUGAGGGUUAAACAUUAUCUCAGUAUCUGAGUCUCCAGUCUUUAAUCUUUCUCUACUUUUCUCAGUUUUACUUCAGAUCAGGAUUUUUGCACUUGACCAAAUAUUUCCAUUGAACUGUGGACCUGUCGCUCAGCAGGAGCUCUUCAAUCUUAGAGUACGAAUUAUCGUACGUCCCCAAAAUGUCUUAACUUGUCUUUUAUUGUCGUUUGAUUGUUUUAUUCAGGAAAUUCCAGUGUUUGAACCUGUGGAUUCGCCACUGUUCUGUCCGGCUCUGAGUUUUAUAGAUGUUGAGUGUUUAUUGACGAGUCGUGUUGAUCUGAUGACACUUUUAUUUCGUUUUUAUAACAAAAAGUUCAGCAGAAAAUCAAAUAAACACAGUUUCCUACACUUUACCUUACAUUUACUCUGCAGUACUGAACUGAAAUCAUCUUAAACCCUGUUUAAAUACUGAAUUAUUCUCAUUCUGAGAUUAUUAUUUACCUUAUUUACAGAUAUAUUACUAGCUUUAAGAUCAAACCAAAGAAUGUGUUACAAUUAAAUAGAUAAAAACUUCUAUCAAAUAAAUGUAUUUAAAAACGUAUUAAAGUUAAAUCAUUUUAUAAUUUACUAACGACAGUCUGAAAACGUUGGGAAAUAUUAGAAAUUUACACAAGAUUUAAGAUGAUUUUUAAGUUGUACAAAUGUUUGGUCCUUUUUUUCUUCAUUUUAGCACAGACGCUAUGAAGCCAAUGUAGCUAGUUAGCAGUGCAUUAGCAGUUAGCAUGAUGCUAACGUAAGAUUUCUGUAAUGUUUGGAAUAGCCGUGAGGGAAACUGUGUAAAUUAGAUUUUCUCCCCUGACCCUGGCUUUAAUAUGUGGGCGGAGUUUAUUGUUAUGGUGUGGAUGUGCGUUAGCCUUUAGCGCUUAGCGUUUCUGAUGUCGUACUUUAAGGUAAUCACUUUGUAUCGUCCAGUUCGCCAGAACUGGAAUCACUGCACUGAACCGGAUACUGUAUACUCUACUACUCUACCAAAACUCCGACAACUUCCCAAACAUUUCCAAAAGCUGUAUAAUAAACCUGUGGGCGGGGCUAAACUCCAGUACAGCAGCAGGUAAAAGUUUGGACCCACCUGAUUACUUUAUUUUAGGAUGGUUAGUUUAAAUAUUUAAAAAUAUAUUUUUAAAAGCUUGAAAUUAUAUAUAUGAUUUUAACAAUUAAAGUAUGUAACAGUUUACAGAAGUAAAAUUUGAAAUGUACUUUUUAUAUUUCAUAUAUAUAAAUAUUAGUAUAUAUUGGUAUAUGCCGUUUAGCCACGCCCCCUUCUUGCUUUCCUACAGGUGUUCCAGCGCUCAGUACCGCACACCUGACCAAACACCUCCCACAGGUGUUCCAGUGCUUAGUACCGCACACUUGACCAAACACCUCCCACAGGUAUUCCAGCGCUCAGUACCGCACACCUAACCAAACACCUCCUAUAGAUGUUCCAGCGCUCAGUACCGCACACCUGACCAAACACCUCCUAUAGGUGUUCCAGCGCUCAGUACCGCACAUCUGACCAAACACCUCCCACAGGUAUUCCAGCGUUCAGUACCGCACACCUGACCAAACACCUCCCACAGGUGUUCCAGCGCUCAGUACUGCACACCUGACCUAACACCUCCCACAGGUAUUCCAGCGCUCAGUACCGCACACCUGACCAAACACCUCCCACAGGUAUUCCAGUGCUCAGUACCGCACACCUGACCAAACACCUCCCACAGGUGUUCCAGUGCUCAGUACUGCACAUCUGACCAAACACCUCCCACAGGUAUUCCAGCGCUCAGUACCGCACACCUGACCAAACACCGCACACCUGAAACUCGUUAGCCUUCGCUCUUUGUCUUGUUACCUUUAACCAAACCACUAUAAACAUGCGUGACUUAAUUUACAUAAUUCUGACUGCUAUCGUCUCUGUGGGCGUGGCCUUGUAUUGGGUGAUGACGACUCUGGGUUUUUAGCGUUAGCGUUAGCCCAGGAGAACUGCGGACUGUGUUCUAGUUAAUAUGAGUUGGUUGAUUGGACGCGCCGCUUGUUAGCGUUUGUAAACUCUGCGUAUUUUUCUGUUUCUCGUGGAUUCAGGUAAAGUGGGAUACUUUUAAACUCAUCCAUCAAAACUGGGGCUCCCAUUCCAGCAGCUUUUACGUAUGCUAAAUCUGACUAGCGAUGUCUUAGCGACAGCUUUCAGUACCAUACAGAUGAAUCUCCUGUUACUUCAGACACUGUUACAAUCAUGUCUUUAGGAGUGAACCCCGCUAUUCCUUCUAGUUGCCAUGGUUACUGCAUGCACAUCGCUACUGCAACAUUAGCAUGCAGGCUACGAAACUUGUUUGAUAUAGGUUACGCAUCGCUACCAUACCAUAUUCGGAACAGAAGCCAGUGUUUUACUGUCUAUUUAUAAAAUUAAACAGCAUAAUGACGUUAUGAAGGUAGAGAAGCAUUUGUGGGUGGGGCUUAGACUGACCAAUUAAAGGCUGUUCAUUAAACUACAGUCUAAGCUGUAUUCUAAUGACUGAAUCAGAUGGAAAUGUGCCUUUAAGCUAGCGUUUCCCACUUUACCUGUAUUAUUUACCUGCCUACAGGUAACAUUUACACCAAAUUUCUCGUCUUAUUUGAGUUUCGCUGUUCAGAACCUCCGUCAGAACGUCUCUAAAGAUUUCGUAAUAAAUAACACGUAAACGUCUCACACUCAGUCACGCCGAGGCCUGAAUUUAGCACCACUGACCCGGACAGUUGGACUGUAGCUAGCUUCUACACUCCUGCUCACUAGGGGGCGCUGGGGUGUGAUGUGUUUUUAUGAUAGCUUUGUGCAGAUGUACUGUUUGGUAUACCUCCUGAAGUGUGUACUCGUGCUUUUACGCUAUCGUUUACGUGAUUUCCGUAGUUAUGAUUUAUUUAGCGCUCCUGUAGGACUAAAGACUCGUGGGCCGCCGAGCCUCAAACGUCUUAAUCACUUUUCUGUGUUUUAUUCUCUCCGAAUUUCGCCUUAAAACCCAACGUGUAAAUAAAUAAAUAUUCACUUACGACCAAAAGCAGAGCUUCACCCACUAACUGGACUCGAGUAUCACAGAGCGGCGAAGCCCUUUUUCCAGUGUACUUAACUUUACUAGUGUUUAUUACUCUGCUCGUAUUCUUGUAUAGAAAAGAAUGUCUAUUUUGUACCUUUCUUUCUUUCUUUCUCUCUUUUUCUCUCGUCUUGAUUAAAAAAGAAGCAUUUUGUUUGCCUGAAA